AAUAGUCGUAGGGAACAUACAGAAUGAAGCUGCUAAUACUCUUUACCCUUUUAAUAGCAACACUAAUUUUUGAAGUUAGUCAAAAGAAUUAUAUAACAAAGUCUGAAAUCAUCGAAAACAAACGACAGAACCAAUCAGAAUGGUCUCAAGAAGUCAUAAUGACAUUAAUAAACGAUCCAAAACUUUACCAGAUUAUGCUUCUGAGUAAUAAUGCGAAAAAAUAUAUCAGAUUUGUUCAAGAUUUACGACAACAUCUGCCUACCUUGUAUUUCAACGAGGUCUAUUUAAAACGAGAAAUUCAGAAUUUGCAGAAAAGGACUUCUUUGAGUCAUCCACGAGAUACUACGUUGUUUAUUCUUGUCGAAUUUCCAAACAAAAACAAUACCCAAUGGACAGAAGAGAUGAUGGCAUUCAUUAAACAAUUGUCAACUGUUCGUAUUCGACCAAAAUGUCUAAUUGUUCGCUUUUUGGAUUCCCAACAAACCUCGAAUUACACAACAUUCCUAACAAAAAUGUGGAAUGACUACUUCCUGGAUUUAACAAUUCUCGAUGUUGUUAAAGGACGAACUACGAUUCACAGGCUGAAUCCGUUUAUUUCCUACCGAAGAAAGGUGUUUUCUAGGAAAACUUUACUGUUUCCACAGAAACUUCGCAAUUUGAAUGGUUAUCCAUUGAAGGUGGCUUAUAUCACCAGACCACCUUAUGCAACAUUGAAACGCAAUUCGACAAAUCAUCCUUUUAAUAUUAUUGGUCCCGAUUCAGUAGUUGGUCACACUUUCGCCGAAAUGAUGAAUUACAACCAAGUAUUGGUACCAUCAAAAAACGAAGAAUUUGGUAAUUUUUCUUGUAAUGUUAAUAAAAUAACAGGCUUUGAUUCGUUGGUUCAAAAGAGGAUAGUCCAUUUUAUUAGUGUGACCACUACAUUAGUUAGAACACUUUGUAAGAAGGAAGUAAUUGAGAAUGCAAUUUUUGCAUUAGAUCACUAUGUUGCAGUCGCUCCAAUACUGAAGUCAGGAGAUUAUACAGUGACUAUUGGAGAAACCUUUUUCUACUCCAUUGCUUUAACUCUACUGAUUACAGUAAUUGGCUGGAUAACGAUGAUAAUCUUCAAGUUUGACGCACUCAUUUGGAAUUGGACGGUGAUUAUUCAAGUUUUAUUUGGAGUGGCAGUAAAUUUACAACCUACGAAAAUAAAAGAACAAGUCUUCUGCGCAAUCCUUUUUCUUGUGAAUUUUUAUUAUUCUUUCCACAUACUGGAAUCUUUGACGGAUUUUAAUUUUCGAAUGGAUAAAGAAAAAGAGUUAAAUAACAUUGAUGAUUUAAUGAAAAGCGGUCUUCAGUUCGGUUCAGAAGUAAACACAAGAAAUAUUAUGCCUGGAGUUUUCGGCCAAGAUAACUUCACAGCUUGGGUGAAAAGAGGACGAUUAUUAGCAUUAGAAGAGUGUAUUGAAUUUCUUGUCGAGUUCAAGAACGUAACUUGCAUUAUGAAAUUGGCACAUGCUGAAUGGUUCGCUGGAUUUUACAAAGAAAAUAAUCUAGUAAAAUUCAUUCCAGAAUAUUUUGGAUCUGUAGGAAUUGGAUUUUUUCUGGAACCUGGAUCUCCGUAUGUCGAGAAAUUCGAACAAAUUCACAGAUCAUUGAAGGAAGUUGGAAUUUUGGAAAAAUGGAAAAUCUCGAAAAAACCGAAUGCAACUAGGAUUCUUCAACUUGGUAUCGCAACGCAAGAUAAAUUUCAUAAUUCAGAUGACAGUGUUGAUGAUUGGAAGAUACAAUCUUUGUUGUUUGGGAUAAUGAUUGCUGGUUAUUUUGCAUCUGCUCUUUCAUUUCUUCUCGAAUUGGUUCUUGGCAAGAGAGAAAAGAGACGGAGACUUCAAACGGUUUGAAGGUAUUAUUAAGAAUUUGAACUAUUAGUCUACUGAUAAAUGUUCAAUUCAAUUGCCAAAGCUUAAAGUCAUUGAUUACCUGAGUAUUCGAUUU